AUGUACAAACUUCAAGCCAAAAGGGUAAAAGCUGCUGCUGGGCAGAUGUGGAAUUCAAAUUUCUCCAAGAUCAGACAAUCUCUUAAAAAUGCUUACCACAAAUGUAAGAAUCAGUAUCCGAAUUCAACCAGAUGUCCAGCUAUGACUUCCCAUGAUUGUGAUCAAGAGGAUCUUGAUGCUGAUGAAGAAAUGAAUCUUCUAGUAAUGCUCCAAGAUAUUAAAACCACCCAGCUUGAACUCCUCAGCCAAAUGACUGGCAUGAUCUGUGCAUUAUCAAAAAUCCAGGAAAGGACUGACUUCUGUCAGAAGCAGAUGGAAGUACUGGAAACCAAAAUGAAUGUUAAUGAAAAUAAACAGUGUACAACAGCUGAAGAUAUCGUCUCUGUGAAGGAAGACAUUGAUGCUUUAAAGAAGAAGGUGACAGAACUGGGAAACCAGAAUUCUUGCUCCAAUGUACAUUGUUUAGAGGUUCUGGAUGGAGAAAAGGGUAAAGAGAUCAUAGAACUUCUUCACAAAGUCACACAACCAGAAACUCUGAAGAACACACUGACCUCUAUAGAUUCGGAAAUCUCUUCAGCAGAACCAGAGAAAAUGCUCAGUUAUCCUAACUCCACUGAUCAUCUUGAGGAAAAAACAAUAUCUCCUCAGAUUAAAGCUCUGAAGAAAAGUAACUAUCAAAAUGCAUUAAGAAGCUUUCAAAAAGCAAAGUCAAAUAUUUAUAUCUACCCAGACUUUAAUACAUGGAUCAAGCUAACUUUUGUCCAUGGAGGAAAGUGGAGAUUUUUCCUCAGCGCAACCAAGUUAGAGGAAUUCAUCCAGUGGCUUCUUUCCAGGCCAACCCUCCUUCCUGAGGAACCACAAGUCAUAACCCAGAAGUAUUGUCUUUUCACUGGGCCUAUCACAAGCUUGACCACCAUCUGUGUGUCUGUUUUCAACUACAUUUAUUGUCUUUUUGGUUCCUCAAAAGAGGAAGUAACUCGACUAUAG